AUGCGGUUUUUUAAGGCUCUUGUUUCAAAUGAAGAGGAAGGCUAUCAAAUAUUAAAAAGGCUUGACGCUGAUUACGUAGCUUUAACAUUUGGUGGAUACAAUGCGCAUGAAACAGAUGAAAUAGGCAAAUUUUUCUGGCUAAUGCGAAUCUCGGCUUCAGUGCACACUGGUGCUCACAUAAAGGAUGACGAUUAUAUGUCUGAUUAUGGCCAAUUUCGAUGCGAUGAAUAUGGAAAAUCCAAAUAUCACGAAUCGCUAAUUUACAGACUUAGCUAUCAAAAUUUUGGAAAAGUUUAUAACCGAAGGAUGAACAUGUAUGGCUUUGAUGAGGCGAGAAAGAUGGAAGUUUACCAUAAGAAUAUAUCUUUGCAAUAUUUUGAAGAAGCUUAUACUACUACCAAUUGGUACCUAAGAAUAUUCAAGCUUAAAAAAGAAAGUAACAGAAAUUAUUUUUUUUCAUCUAUGGCGCAUAAUUGA